UAAAAAAGUAUACGGUACACGAAAAACUUUAUCAACUGCUUUGCAAAAACUGUGACAUCGAAAUCCAGCAUUGAAACCGAAACCUGGUGGCGUGCUAGGCCCACGCUUCUCGGGCGCGAACCACGUUUCUUCGAGUUGGUCUGUGGUGUUUUUGCAUGUAUUUUUGCCCCGAGCAUGCAAAAUGGCACCUAAGAAGUGGCGCUUGAGAGCGGCACAGGGACCAACAUGUGUGCCGGUCGUCUCCUUCUCGCACGGCUCGCUAAAUGCCUCGACGCGGCUGCCCACCACCGUCUACGAGCAAAAGGUGACCACCGCCGGCCGCACCAAGACCCGGCGCAUCCUCGCCUCCGAAGCCGACGGGUUGGAGUAUGUCGGCGAGAACUACGGCGAACACGGACUCCGUGCCAAUGCGCACUGCAACCACUUCGUGGCCGUCGAGAACGUCAGCACGGGAGCCGUCUCGCUUUACCCGGCCGACCUGAUCAGCAUGCGGCCUUACUUCGCCAGAUCGGCGCCCAGCGACAGCACCUCGAAAGCGCCGGACACCAAGACGUUUCGCGAGAAGGUCGACGCCCUCGCGACAGCCUUCGGUAGCAAACGCAAGAGAAAGGCGGUCGAGACCCGCCUCCGACUCAACGUCGAAGAAGACACGCUUCACGAGACCACAGCCAGGACUCUAGCAGCCGUCAAGGACAGCCUGACGGCGCUCGAAAACGACGCGACAGGCGGAGGCAAGUCUUCGACGUCGGUCGCCGAGUCGAUACCGCCGCAGAACCGCGAAGCGACCAUCCCCCAGGACGUGUACCGGAUCGAAGACGUCAUCCCGCCAGAGCACAACGACUACCUCGACGAAGUGGCCGAGCCUCUGCUGAACGCGACGCCAGACCAGAUCGCCCAGUGGAGAUCGGAUGCCACGUACCCCGAGUACGUCGUCAACCGCGUCGAACGCCUCUCCAAGGACCCCGAGAACAGGGCCAUCGAGGCGAGGCUGCUAGCCUUCUACUGCAUGCUCGUCUCGAUCUCCCGCUUGAGGUACACCGACGUCAAAAAGAAGGACCCGCUGCCCGACAUAGCGCAGCCGCUCAAAGGGAUCCUUCUGGACACGUUCACGCUGACCGCGCGCAGCGAGCGCGGCGUGACGUCACGUAGCUUUCCGCAGCGGAUGAAGGACAAGGUGCUCGCUUACAUCCUGGUGGUCGUGCUCGUGCUGGAGGACUACAAGUUCGACUUCAAGACGGUCCAGCUCGACACCAAGGCGUCGGACAGGACUCUGACGACGCUGGCGUACGCGCUCGGCUGUCACGUGGGCACGAAAAAGACGCCGGGAACGCGAGUGGGAAGCAAGUUCCUCGAACUCAAGCUGCCCCUCGUAGACCCCAGUCAGCAUCAGAAAGCCAAGAGGGGCAGGAUGUGAAACGUGUUUUUGUUGCAUAAAGGAAUGUUAUAUAGUGACGUUACAGAGCUGUUUCUGUUACAGUGGGCUAGUUUCGCAGUGCCUUUCAGAAGGCCAUUUAACUCAUUGGAGGCUGGACGAUGCCUUGUGAACGCUCUUCUGUUGCACUCGAGCGGUUUUAAUGAGGCCUUGAAAAUGCUUUUUAUGCAGGUGUCAGCUACACGUUGCAACGAGCGCAGUGAAGUUUGGAAACUAUCUAGUAAGCCUCUGACAGAGCUGCUAAAGAGUGAAAAAGCAGCAGUGACAAGACAGGUGAAACGUGCUAACGACCACUGCUGCUCAGAUUCCUAGGAGAUCUGGAAGAGUGUGUGUGCAUGCAGGAGUAAUUUAUGGUCUCAAAGGAUUUCCAAUUACUGGUUUCUUCGGGCCACUGUCGCUCGACUUCAACUUGCAGCGGCAUGGCAUUUUGGAAGCCACAAGGAGUCAUCUUCCCUUGGAAAAGAGCUAUCUUUGCAUUCUGCUUCUUAAUUCCAUGCACUACACAUAACUACAAAACUUGACUCGCCAAGUUCACUGGAAAACAUGCGUUGCAAAGAAAUGGGCUCUUCAUAAUGUUUGUAUUCACUCUGUUCUUCCAACCUUAACUCCUGUGUGCUCAGUAACAAUUCAGUAAGAACCUGUCAACCUCCCACUUCAGUUAGUGCGGCUAUGAAGCAUUGGAGGCCAUGCUGUACACCACCAGCAGUGUUGUGGAUGUUAUGUAAGCUAAGAUGUUUUAAGUUGGGCAGUUGCACCUUUGUAUAUGGACAUGUUCAUCUGUCAAAGUGUUAGAAUGUACAAAAUGUUGCACUGAUAAGAGUCUGACAUAAAGUUCUAUUCUGAACCAAGGCA